CCUCACCUUAUAAGCCGGUUUUGUAGGGUUGAGUUAGGCUUAAACCCACUUUCUAAUAUGGUAUCAGAGCUCCUGAUCUUAGGGGCUAGAUUCCGCUGCAAGAAGCGUACCACCGCCACUGUCCGACCACCGCCGCUGCCACCGUCACCGGUCGGGGUCGUCGAUAGGGCAGAAAGGUGCGCCCAACACCGGCGAUCACAGAGCCGGAAGUCGCUCCUCGAACGGAGCCGCCACGCGCCGCCACCGUCGCCGACGCGUGUAGCCCACGCGCCCACCUCCGGCGAGACCCACUCGCCGGCGCCGACACAGACAGGGUCACCGGAGCCCCCUGAGUCCGUUCCUAGGGUCGGUGACGACUAGUUUUGGCUGUAAUUGAGCAUAUCUGACUUUUACGUUUUGCUCCUCUUUUUCCGGUGAAACCCACUCGCUGUCGCCGUCACAGAAGGGUCACCGGAGCCUCCUGAUUCUAUUCCUUGGGUUGGUGACGACCCGUUUGGCCUUUAUUUGAGUAGAUCUGAGUUUGAAGUUUUUGCCCUUUUUUCGGGAUGUCUGAAGAAAAGAGUAUUUCUUUGGGGGUACCCAAUGACUUACCAAAUAUAGGAANUANCUCGUGGUUGGAUGGUCAGAAUUACUUACAGUGGAGUCAAUUUAUUUUAAGGAUUCUCAAGAGUCGCUCCAAACUUGAUCAUAUAGAUGCUGCCGCUCUUGCUGAAUUCAUGGAAGGAGAAAAAAUCUUUAAAUUUCUUCAGGGCCUUAAUCAUGAGUACGACCCAAUCCGGGUUCACAUUUUUGGAAGAGAAAAAUUACCACCACUGUCAGAAGUUUUUUUUAUGGUAAGAGGAGAAGAAACUCGGAGAUCUGUCAUGCUUCAUGGAGGGAUCUCCAACACAGGCUCUGCCAUGACAAUUGGAAAGGGAGUGCACAAGGGAACAAAUGCUGGGGGAAAAACGUUUGAAAGAGGUACUCAUGGGGACUAUUGUACAUACUGUAAAAGAUCUAGACAUACCAAGGAAAUAUGCUUCAAACUACAUGGAAAAAAGAAUGUUCUCGAGCGCAUGGGAAACAACAAAGGGCCUACUCAAAAGUGGGUAAAUCAUACUACCUCAUAACGGGAAGCCACAAAUCAACCUAAUCCACCACCACCACCAGUUCUUGAUAUGCAAACUUAUAAGGAGAAACUCGAGCGCUUGGAAGCAAUGCUUGAAUCAAUGAGUAAGCCCUCUGGAUCAUGUACUUUGUCCAUAAAAGGUAAGAUUUGUCUCAAUACUGUUGGUCAUGUGUCUCACGGUAUUUGGAUCCUUGAUUCGGGUGCAACUGAUCAUAUGACACCUUUUAGUGGGAAUUUUGAUUCAUAUAGCAAGAGCAAUAAAGAACAACUUAUUACAGUUGCAAAUGGACAGAGUAUACCUGUAUGCGGCUCUGGGAAUAUACUCUUGGACUCAUCUAUUA